AACAUUCGCGCUAAAAAAACGCUUAUAAUAGUAAACUCCGCCUUACUCCAGGAAAGGGAUGUCUUAUAGCCUCCACCUAAAAGUUACUGACACACCAAUAGCAAUUAAAUGGACGAAGAAUUACCGGCUGGUUGGGAAAAACAUACUAGCAGAUCAUCGGGGCGAGAUUACUAUUUGAAUAUAUACACCAAAGAAAGCCAGUGGGAACCUCCAAGUGGCCCAGCAAAAAAGAAUAUGUCUAAAGUACAGUGUUCGCAUCUUCUUGUAAAACAUAAAGACUCGCGUCGACCAUCAUCAUGGCGCGAGGAAACUAUAACAAGAUCUAAACAAGAUGCAAUCAAAAUACUGGAAGGGUACAGAGAUCAGAUAGUUAGAGGAGAAAAAUCGUUUGAAGACUUGGCUUCACAGUUCAGCGACUGUAGCUCCGCUAAACGAGGGGGUGAUCUUGGUCCUUUUGGUCGUGGUCAGAUGCAGAAACCAUUUGAAGAUGCAGGAUUUAGCCUGCAGGUUGGAGAAAUGAGUGGCAUAGUGGAUACAGACUCUGGUGUUCAUAUCAUUAAAAGAACUGCUUAAUGCUUACAUAUAACAUGAUAAAUACAUUAGCACAAAUUUGGAGUAUAGAUUAUGGUUUUCUUUCCACACAGAAAUUGGGAUUCUCUUUUCAAUUUUCAUCAGCUUUUUAAGAUAUUGUGAUCAUACAUUGUUUUUUUUGUUCAGCUGUCACACAUUAAUAUCUAAAAAUGUUAAUAAAUUACUCAGUCACUUAGGGUAAACUAUGAUAUUCUUGUCAAUAUUAUGUUAAUUUAACCAAGGUUUCUGUUAUCUUGGCAAAUAUCAGCUGAUAGGCAACUGGGCAUGAACAAUAUUUGCAUAAUAACUUCAUUUCUUAAGAGAUUUCAACCAAACAUUCAUACUCUGAACUAUGGUCAUUAAGUGGCCAUGGGCAAUUUGUUGUGGGUUUUUAAAUUUGAUGGAAUCAUGUCUUAUGGUCUUCUAUAUUACUAUGCGUGGGCUUGUGAUUCAUUUUGGCAGAUUAACAUCCCUUUGUUGUUGGUUUU